AUGGACUCCCUCCCCUCCACACCGGCCAGGAUAUCACCUACAUCCUCAAUCAUGUCUGAGCCACAACUAACGCAGGAGGGUGAGUGGAGGGCCAUAUUGCCGAAUCUACUGACUAAGGCAGACUUUGAGGCCUUGUCAGAUCGUUUGGGCAGGGUAGUGAGAGAGGAGGUGGCCCAGCUACGUGCAGACCUGGCUAAUGUGGAGGCCCACAUGUCGGUAGCAGAGUCUGAGACCAGGGCGCUCCGCACAGACCUAGAACACACAAACUCCACAGUUGCCAACGAGGAAGCAGAUCUAGCCAGCCUCACCACAUGGGUGGAUGACCUGGAUAACCGUGGCCGCAGGCUGAACCUGCACGUCCGCAGGGUGAAGGAAGGUGACCCAGCGGAACACAUACCUGACACCCUAAAGCGACUGUUCACGCAGGUACUGGGGGGCCAGCAAAUACCCAGACUAGGCAUAGUAAGGGCACACAUGGCACUGCGACCAAUGCCGCCACCAGAAGAACAACCAAGAGAUAUCAUAUGCUGCCUAGAAAAUUACCAACUGAAAGAAGACAUCCUGGCACGGCCCGCCGCAUGGGAACCAUACGCUUUGAGAAUCAAACCAUAUCGAUUUAUCAAGACCUAUCUAGAUACACCCUACAAGCCAGAAGGGCCCUACGCCCAAUAA